GGAACGGCAGAAGAUGGUAACACGACUAUAAAACAUCAAGAUCAGUGUAGUAGUCUAGCACUUGAGCACUUGCCCUUUCACGCACACACGCUCCUCGUGCUCAUUCUCUCUCUCUCUCUCUCUCUCUCCCCCUCUUUCUUUGUGUGUGCGUGUUCUUUCUUCUUGUUAACCACCAGCCAUGGCCUCUAUUUCAGGAGCUUCAAUCUCCAUGUCCUCUUUCUCAAGGUCCCUUAAGCUUACCUCCCGGACGCCAAGCAAUGGUAUCUCUAGUCUCAGGUCGGUUUCACUUCCUAUUAGUGGAAGAAGCUUCCCCUCUCUUAGGUUGCAAAAGGGAGCAUCUCAUUUCCGUGUUUCCUGUGCGGCUAAACCAGAGACUCUGGACAAAGUAUGUGAAAUUGUGAGAAAUCAGCUAGCACUAGCACCUGACUCUGUUGUCAAUGGAGAGUCAAAGUUUGUUGCGCUGGGAGCUGAUUCUCUUGACACGGUUGAGAUCGUAAUGGGACUCGAGGAGGAAUUUGGAAUCAGCGUGGAAGAAGAAACAGCCCAGAGUAUUAUCACUGUUCAAGAUGCGGCAGAUCUGAUUGAGAAGCUUCUUGAGAAAAAAUAGAAGUGAUUAAAGUGGUAUAAGGACAUGGUAGUUCUAUAUUUUAUUGUCUUUUUUCUUUUUUUUAAGUUAUCUGCCUUUCAUGGAGAACUUGCAAAUCAGGCCUCGAUUUUGCGGAAGUAUCACUUUCUUUCCCCUUUUAAUGUUGGACCUUGUAAUGCAAAAACAGCAUAAUUCUGAAGGAUUCUGCUUGAUGUUUGGUGGGAGAAUGCUAUUCUGACCUGAAUGUGUGAUUCUCCUAUAUCAAGUUUUUUAUGUCAAAUCUUAAAUAAAAACAUGAUAUUUAUACUCUUUUUUAA